AUGUUCUUCGUCUACACUCUUGAGCGUCGUGUGACGCUCCACCCGUCUUUCUUCGGCAAGAACAUGCACGAGCUCGUCACUCGGAAACUGCUGGACGAUGUCGAGGGGACCUGUACCGGCAGCUACUACAUCAUCACCAUCAUGGACAGCUUCUUGAUCUCCGAAGGCAAGAUCCUACCUGGAAGUGGCCUGGCCGAAUUCACAGUGGAGUACAAGGCCGUCAUAUGGAGGCCCUUCAAGGGCGAGACGAUCGAUGCUGUCGUGGCCUCAGCCAACCAGCACGGUUUCUUCGCCGAGGCGGGACCGCUGAGAAUCUUUGUAUCCGGUCACUUGAUUCCUAGCGAGGUCAAGUGGGAUCCCAAUGCCACGCCUCCUGAAUGGACUGAUGGCGACGACACGCACAUCAAGGCUGGUACUCACGUCCGGACCAAAAUCAUUGGUACCCGAGCCGACAUCGGUGAGCUGUGGGCUAUUGGCAGCAUCAAGGAAGACUAUCUUGGGUAA